AUGUCGCGUGAAUAUUGUUGUUCGAUAGUCCAGAUUGGAGACCAUUCCUCGGCUUCGUUAUCUUCCUCUUUAUUCAAAUUCUCUGAUUUCACUCCCAAUUCUGUCUGUGAUUUAUGGAAUCCGGGUGUUUAUUCUAAUUUCGAUUUAACUCGACUUCCGCAGAAGCCCUUCCAAGUGAGCCAGAAGUCUUUGAACCGAAGACAUACUCUACAGUCGGAUUCUGGAAAUGAAUCCGUGGACACCAACUUCAGUGAAGACGAAUCUGUUGGUAAUGUCACGAAGAAAAUUGUAAAAGCAGUAACUAUCUAUGAUCUGAAGAAACAUGAGUUGAAGAACGAUAAGAAAAAGGACUUGAUUCUUAAUAUUUACGUCAAUCCGGUACGUCUUCAUUAUUUUGCUUAAAACUGAACAGAAUUAAUCCCACCGGCUGAUUACGCAACUCCUUUUUCUUUCAGGAUCUGAGUAGCGAAAGACGCAUCGAAGCUCGGAACCGUAAGUAAAGUGGCUUCAAAUUGUUGUGCAAAAGAUUGCCUAAGGCGUUGUGUUGUUUUUUGUGAUGAGUAAUCAAGAACGAAGCGUAUUUUUGUCAGAAACUAUGUUUUAGGGAGAGCUUCGGAGGAAAUGAACGAGGAUUAUAAAGUCGUUCCCUGGGGCUUGGAAUCGCGCCCAGUUGGUAAGAUCAGAAACAUCCACAAAUAUGACAAUUCAAGUGAGUCUUUUGAAGUCAAUCUCUUCUUGAAUAAAGGAGUGAAUGUAAUAUCAGCUCUUUUUUUAGCGUCCGUCAAAUCCAAAGAUGGCUCGGUAAGUGGGAAGGGAACCACCUUAUCCCCUAGUUAUUUGUUUACCCGGCUUUCAACCCAUGCUCGGGAUUCGAGAGAAGUGAUGUUCGGAAAGGGCUUUUUGAAGGGCUAUUCAGAAUUCCCUCGCCUCUGGCUGUUAUUUUUUGAUCGCUUUUUUACUCGAACUUUGAAUCGUGACUAUAUUCAGGUCAGUCUUCACACAAGUUCUGAUUCCCAGACCGAUCAUCAACUGGAGUCCGAUGAAUCUGGCUCUUAUGAGAAAGCCAAGCCUCUGAUUGUGGAUUCUGUGACUAUCCGGAAUCCACGGACCCCAAUUUGGAAAUCCAAAUUCCUAGAUAAUAAGGAGAAGAUUAGCGAGAAAAUGGACUCGGGAAUCUCGGCGGCGAGUUUCACUUUCUAUGAUCAAUAUGGGGUUCCUCAAGAGUCGCUGAGUCAACGUGUGAGCGCCCAUCUCUUGCGGAAAUCGGCGAUACGUUCCUCGAUUCCCCGAGGCAGAAGUCACACCGUUUUGGAUUGUAACAAUAAAUGUGAUGACAAGGUAAGUGGUCAUUGACCCGUGGCUAAUGCCGUGUUAAAAUGUAGUCAAAAUAGAUUUUUUAUUUUUCCGGAAAACUUUUUUGUCACGUGAAACACGUCACUUUCCGUGUCAUAAAAUGACGUUUUCAGCCCGCACUUUCGUUCCAACAUGACAAGAUUGCAGUGUAUCCACGACGACCACAGGUAAUUGCAGUUUCCGGUGUCUAAUUACACCUCCCAUCGUAUGUUUUAAAGAUAUUCCCGGAGCAAAAACGGCGUUCGUUGAGUGUGCACAGUCGUCCCCGAGAAAAAGAGAAUGUAAUCACCGUGCACGGUAAAACAAAAUGUUCUUCUUGCCAAUACCAGCUGGGUAAUCCUUUAUUGAUGACAUUCGCAUCCUCUUUUGUCUUCAGGGCGUGGCCAAGCGAUGGUAAUCUCGGACUUGAACCUCUUCUACCACAUGGGCUGCUUUGUUUGUGGUCGUUGUAAGGUCCCGUUGAAUGACGACCGAGCUCAGGGAGACCUGGCCGUCCGGGUCUUCGAUGAUCAACUCAGAUGCCGUUUCUGUUUUGAUCGUUCCGAAGCCGGCUUCAAGUCGAGCCGGAUAUAA